AUGCCGACUUCGUGUGUCCCUGUACGUCACUGUGGUACCCAUGCCCCGGGAUGGCUCAACGGUCCUCACCCUGCUGUGCAUGAAGGGGCAGUGAGCCGUGACGUGUGCUUUCAUUGGAGAAGUUGUUGUUCCUGGCGGAAUUCUGUUUUGGUGCGUAACUGUGGGGCAUUCUAUGUCUAUUUCCUUUCUCCGACAAUGACAUGUAACUUGGGCUACUGUGGCAAUGGGAAAGGUACGGUGAACUAAGGACAGUUGAUAGUAUUUAUCGACCACACCAAUCGAUGUAAAACCGACUGAACCUUGUCUCUUACUUUUUUCUUUGCUCCGUUAUCUUCCUAAGGAUUCUUAUAACAACUUUACCUGGCUCAACAAUACCAAACUACUGUAUUUUUAAUGCAUUUUCUCCAUAAAAAAAAGACUGUUCCAGCAUUCUUCCCUUGCAUUUCUUUGCUUUUAACGCCCUUCAGUCAAACGACUCCAUAGCUACUCUGAUUAAUACAUCUUUCGAAAUUACCUAGUUCCAGAACCGACAACUCCGCCCAAAGUAACGACAGUUACGACAACUGAACCAGGUAAGAUGGAAUUUUUUAACAUUCAUUCAAAACUGAAAGCGUCACUUUGCCAGACUGAGUUAAUCAGUUUCGUGAAGUCUAGCCUAUGAAAUGUGUUACUUCAAUCGAAGACUUUUUUCUUCGUAAACCUGUCACUUCUCUUCGAGUGAAAAGAAACCUAAAAGAUAAGCAAAUGAAAGAGUUUUGGAGAAAUGAUCUAAGUUGAAGAUUAUUUGAAAAAGUAAGUCAAGAAUUCACUAACAGCUUCGCACUCAAUAUCAAGUCGUCUUUUCACAGAAACUACAACAUCCGCACCGACCACAAAACCAACAACGGGACUAAAAGGUAAACAGAUGAUAAAAGACUCCUAUCGCUGUUAUGAUUAUUGUUUUUGCCAUUGUCGUGGCUGAUGUUGUUGAUUUUGCUAUGAUUGUUGUUGUUUUUCUUCUUCUUCGCGUAGCUUAUUAAUUGAACAAAGCAUAAGAAUGUUUACUGUUGAGUUCUACAGUAGUAUUCGACUUUCACAGAAAAAUUUGAAAGGAAUUGUCAAUAUUAAGGCUUACAGAUAAAAUUGGCCGAUAAUUUAGCCAAAGCUAUGCUUUUCACGUCAAGUCCUGUUUUUCCGCAGAAACUACGACAUUUGCACCGACUACUAUAACAACAACGGGACCGAAAGGUAAACAGAUAAUAAAAGACCGCUGUUAUUGUUGUUGUUAUUGUUGUUGUUGUUGUUUUUUUACCUUUUCUCCUUAGUCCUCUAAUUAUUCUUCGCGUAGCAAAAUGAUUGAAAAUUAAGGUACACGAAUCUUUUCGCUCUUACUUUUUACGCAGCAUUAGGCUUCAAAAGACUAAAUUAAAAAUAAAUCUACAAAAUUGAGGCUUAUUUGACAUAACGAUCCAAGAAUUCCCUCAAAGGUUCACAUUUUAUGUCAAACGUCUCUUUACACAGAAACUACUACGUUUGCGUCGACCACUAAAACAACAGCGGGACAGAAAGGUAAACAGAAAACACAAGAAUCUUGUUGUUGUUGUUGUUAUUGUUUCCCUUCUUGUUCUUCUUUCCUUUCUUCAACCUCUCGUUGCGUAAUAAUUCAACAAGGAACGCCAAAGAAUCUUUCCGUUAGCCUUAACCCCGGCAUUGGGCUUUCAAAGGCUGAAUUGCUUCGUACGUUUAUCUAAUGCUAUUUUCAAUCACGAAUACUUGGUCCGACGAAGUUCCUGAAAAACAUUGUCUACAAUGGCACUUAUGUCUUUUUUUAAAUCCUAUCAUAUUUCUGUUGAAAAUGUGUUAUUACAUCCCCAUUUUUACAGAAACAACCACCCGGCUGUCAACCACUGAAACUUCGGCUACUUCAGGUAAUCUAAAAGAGACAUCUUUCCUGAAGUGAACAUCAGAUGUAAACCAUUUACACAGCGUUGAUGUUGUUGAUAUUGUUGCAGUUGAAAAAGAGAGUAUGGUCAGAAUCAUCAUCCAGGACAUUAAGGAAUUUUCAACUUUGUUGAGCGUUGAAAGUAAUCCACGAUUACUUUGGUUUCGCUUUACUUCGCUUUUUGAUUGGUUAAGAGAGUUCACGCCACCCUCUCAACCAAUCAGAAUCAUAAAUAAAAGCAAUCGCAACUUGGUCACUAACUUGAAGGUCAACUGACACUUUUUCUACUUAUUUUUUUCUCUUUUUUCGCUUCUUUAGCUCCGACAACUGGGACGACCUUGAUGACAAGUUCUGGUCCAACUUUUCCAACAACUCCUUCAACCCCUUUAGGUACAGUUUACUUUUUUCGCUUGUUUCUUUGUUUACAACACCUGGUUUUUUAUCUUUCAUAAGAAAACUACACGUGGGUUUCGCUUUCAGUUAUCACUGCGCAUUUUGAUUCGGGGUUUUUUUCAAAGACUUAUUUUUUUUUUCUUAUGUCAAUAAGAGUGUCUAAACUACAAAUCCCUGAACGAGUCUACCAGAGCUGUAACAUAUUCAAGCAAGAACCGUCAAGCACUAUGUGACAACAGACUGCCAAAAGCCUGGUACAGAUUUAGUGGAGGAGCCGGCGACAAGAUGCCUGAGCGCUGUGUAGACAAAUUUAGCUGUGGAACCCAUGCUCCAGGCUGGUUGAGUAAAAGUCAUCCUUCAGUAACAGAAGGGGUUGUUGACGCUACAGUUUGUUUUCACUGGGGAUCAACCUGCUGUUUUUGGUCAUCCCAAGUCAAAGUUCGGAAUUGCGGAGGGUUCUAUGUUUACCAGUUGAAACAGACUCCUGCCUGCAGUCUUCGUUACUGCGGAAACAGGCAAGGUAGAGAAACAAUAACAGAGAAACGCUACGUAUGGCUAACCGCAACGAUAAAGCCCAUUGAACCAUAGGAAUCAGUUCCAUUUACCGGGGUGACUUAGAUUAUUGCUCCUACUAGAUGGGGUUCAUGGCAGUUUACUGCAUCUAAUUAACCUACGUAUCUCGUGAAGUUUCCCCCUGAAAAUUGUGUGGUACCUGACAUUUAUACCCUUGGUUGGAGGAAGGUUCCGUGGGAGUAAAUCUUUAUGCAAACGAAUGUAACACAAUUAUUUAACCGAGGCUCAAAAGUGAACCCUUUCUUCUGGAGUCCUGGGCGCUAACCGCUAGCUAAUCAAACUAAUACGUCUCACAUAUUUCAUAAUUCACACAGGCUUUUAGAGGAUAUGAUGCUGGCUCAUUAUAAUAAACACUGAUCUUUUGCUCAAUUCAUCUCCUCUCACUCAUUUUGAAUGAUCCCUUAAUCCGGAGUAUUAUUGUAGUAUUGAUAACUAUAUCCGACCUUCUUUGACUGUAAUUUGGUGCUAUUAACUGGGUUGAUAACAUAAAUUUCCUACCAUAGAGAGUUUCUGAAGCUGCUGUUUCGAGCGUUUUACCUUCGUCAGAGCUUAGAGUGUGUUAAGCGAAGUAGGCGGCGGGUUUUUUGGGCUAGCUAUGAAUCGUUCCCUUUCUUCAAUUUUUCGUGUCACUGUUUUACUUUAGAGCCAAUGACGAGUACGCCAUAUCCAUCGACGACCAAAGCGCCUACAACCCCUUCACUUCCUCCUGGUAAGUUACCCUUUACACCCUAACAUCAGAACGUAUAUUCUUCAUACUCAUCUUUAUACAUUUCUUAACCCUUUAACUCCCAAGAUCUCAUUGGUAAUUCUCCUUACUGUCUGCCAUAUAGUUCUUGUGACACUAGUUUGGAGAAUUUGGUAUUGGAUCAACUAGUAAUCCCCUAAUUAAUUUUUUUCUUUAUUCUCAUGACUUGUCUGCUUGAUAAUGUAUUAAUAUUGUAAGGAGAAAUUCUGUCUUGGUCAUUCUUGGGAGUUAAAGGGUUAAGGUGCUGACAAUGAGAAUUUGCUUUAAAAUGAAGAGCUUCUUCAGUUGGUGAUCAUGUCCUUUAUUCUCGUGACCUUAAUGUUUGAUUCAGGGGUGAUAUUGUGAGGAGAAACUAGAUGCUAAUCACUUUUAGGGUAAAGAGUUAACGCGAAGAAUAUCGUGUACGGUGACGUUUUGGCUAUUGUACUGAGGUGUGUCCUUACAAAUUGUUAUCUUCACGCUUGACAUUUGACUCUUUAACCCCUAAGGGUGAUUGGCAACUAAUUUCUCCUGGGCAGAUCGCCCUUGAAUCAAACAUUAAGGGCUAAAGAAGCUCUUGAUCGUUGCACAAAUUCACCUUGACAGCUUUUUAGGAAAGAUAUGUUGAACAGUAUGGAGAAUAUGCUUACUGAUGUCAGGGUGUGAAGGGUUAAAUUAAUACGUUUCUUUGUCUGGUGUCUCGCCAGCGAGCGAAAUACCAGAGAACCAACCGUUUGAACUUGAGAAUUUAUUCUGAAAAUCACAGAACGUACACAUAUCUGUCCUUUCUCUUCUGUUCAAAGAAUGUUCCAGAUACAAGGUCAUUAGUGAUGCAGAUCGUUCACAAACCUACGAAUACAAGAACGUGCAAGACGCCAGGCCCAUCUGUGACCGAAGGCUUCCCAAGGCCUGGUACCGAUUCUCAGGAUUGGCGGGAGACAAGAUGUCAAACGAAUGUGUCCCUCCUUAUCACUGUGGGACCCAUUCCCCCGGAUGGCUGCUAGGAGCUCAUCCAGAAGUGUCUGACGGAGUCGUAACAAGAACAGUGUGUUUCAGCUGGCGAAACAAAUGCUGUAGAUGGCGCAGUCAAAUCUCAGUCAGAAAUUGUGGUGAUUUUUAUGUGUACAAGUUACAAAGAGCACCGAAAUGUAAACUCCGCUAUUGUGGUGUUGGAAAACAAGGUACGACAACAACACCAGGGCCAACAACGAACCCGAUUCCAACAACAAUCGGUAAGUGUGAUUUUGUACUGUGUUGUUUAAUAUUAAAGUAUACAAAAAGCAGUUAUACUUGUCCGUAACAAAACCGAAUAAAAACACGUCACGGUGGCGUUUUUUUGUUUGUUUGAUUGUUUGUUUUUGUUUGUUCUUACGAAGUAAGCGGAUCAGCCGAUGAGGGCAAAAGAAAAUCACCGAGCAACCGACAAGAACUCGGAGUAAACUCUUUAUUUACCGUAUUUCUAGCGCGGAUAAGUGGGAGUGCGCAUGACCUAUUAGGAAAGGCGCGACUGCUCUUUGUCUUUUAGGAAGGUCGGGCGUAUUUUGUGGACCAAUCACAGAGGGAAGUGAAGCAAGACGAAUGUGGUGGCGGUUUGCUCUCGACCUGUAUUGAAAAUUGCUCCGUUGCUGCAAAAUGACCAAGUUGCAGUUUUUUUUUUUCGAGUACUGCGUACUGGUUCCGUUAUCAAGCAGAAUAAACAAGGGGAAAAAAAGGAAAGCGCUUAUUUCCAGUGUGCGCAAAAAGUUUUAAAUAACUAAAUAUCAUCACUCAAAUACAUAGGAAGCCAAAAAGCAGAAGUACACAACUUUAAAUGAAAGUUUUAUCUAAAAUGCACGAUAAAAUAAUAAUACAGUUAUCAUCAUUUACGAGCAUAACUUUCUUGUGUUGUAAAACUGUGAUGUGGUUUGAUGGGCAGAAUCUUUGAACAUCUGAGCAUCUUGAUUGCUUAGAUCAGCUUCUGCAAGUCCUGAAUGAACAAAACGAGAUAUUCAUGGUCUCAGUUAGAGGCGUGUAUUGAUCUGGCUGGGUUUAGCAAUGCUGUAUUGAUAUAAACAGUUUAAAAAUAAUUUUCAAACGAAAUUACAGGGAACAGGAAAACGGAACUUGUUGAGUGUAACUUAAAUUGCAUGUUAACAAUCGCGUUACGUCAAACUAAAAAAAUCGUGAGUGAUGUAAAUCAGAACUCAUUUUCUUUUCCUCCGAGCGUUAAGUCAAGAAAUCCAAAUGUCAAUGACCGAAGUGCUUGGUUGCACCUUCAACAAUUAUUGUAAACACACCUGUGAUCUUAUUCAGGACGCUUACCAUCUUUCAGCAGAAAGUACAAGUUCUUUUGCAGUUCGUGUAUAGGAAAGCUAUGUUUCUGACAUCUGAACAGCGAGGGAGUAAAACCGCACAUAUGCGAGGUUUAAGAUCGAUACAAUCUGAAAAAAAAGUUGCGUGGAAUCAUUCGCAAGCCUGCUUUUGUUUCGUUAAAGUUCUAACCUCGAGGCUUAGUUUUUACACUUGAACAACUAAUGAUGAACCAAAAAAGAAAUGGAAACUAACUAUUCUGAAACUUUUAUAGAUAUUAUCGUUUCAGUGAAUGAGCGCAAGGCAACUCUUGAUUUUCGCUCUUACUUGCUGCACACAGCGAACAUACCAUGUUUAAUUUGUUUACCAGAAAUUCGCGACCAAUUUUCGGGGCCAAUUUUCUCCUUGAUAAACUAAUCCAAGUAUAUUACAAAGUAAUCUUAUCUAUACAUUUAAUUUUUUUUUACCAAGCAGAAAGUAAUGAUCUGAUUGCUAGGCGAGAUGACUAAAGCGUAUCAGCUUUGGCAGUACGUUAAUUGGGAAGAAAUUAAACUUAAACGUUAACAAAUUAAAAGCAUUUGAAAUGAAAAAAAAGAAAAGAGCGCACACUGUAUUACUAUAUUUCUUAUGGUUUGUUUUCCACAUGUAAUCCCACGUGCUAGGCACUUUCCAUUAAAAAAAGAGAAAAAAAUGAGAAUUACCAUAGUCAUCGCUGAAAUGUGCAGAUUCCUUUUCCUGGAUUUCAGCGUUUGAACUGACGUGCUUUGACAUAAGAAUUAUUGCGAAAAGAACUCCAAAGAAAAAUUGCAUCUUAAACAUAUCUGAACAGCUAGGUGCAAUACAACGGUCAGAAUUAGAACUUGCAGUUGAACUGAAGAAUAAUGCUUUAUUUCUUUUAUAGUUCAUAGGCUUCUCCUGGUUGAGAUAAUAUGUACUUUGCGGUAAAGUUGUCUUGUUCACAUCGGGCUUGGCAAUUUAGAUGAAAGAGAUUCCGAACACGUGUGGCAGCUGGAAAAUAAUAUUUAAUUUUUUAUCCAAUUUCGCCAUAAUAUCUUUUCUUGUAUUUUUCUGAAGUUAAUAUGGCGUACUCAAACAAUCGAACUAUAUUUUGAAACGAUACUUCGCCAUAACACAACAAAUUUCUUACAAAGGUUUCACGGGUAACCUUGAUGAGUUUGAGAUCCCGCCGCCAUAUUGGUUAUUCAAAACCUUAUCAAAUUUUACAUUAGUUUAGGUUUUAUGUCUAUGAUUAGAUUUAUAAAAUAUGUAAGACAUGCGAUUUUUCAAUUUUGUACCACUCAACAUGAUCGAAACUCGAUAAAAAUUAACCGCAAUCCUGGUGUCCCCCGUCUGCUGAUUUGAAUUGAUAAUUAUCUACUCCUCUUUGGGGUGAUAUCAAAAUUUGUUUAAUGAUUGAACCUAGCUUUCUUACAGGUUAUGCGGUUUUUGAAACACACGGGAGAAUCAUAUGUCAAACAAGGCUGAUAAAGAGAGCAAAUGCGGUUUUAUUUUGCCUUUUAUUUUUCCCUCCGUUUGUCCAGCAUCUGCCGCAAAUAAAGUAUUUUGUUUGAUUUGAAUUUAGAUUAUAGGCGAUAUAAUUUUAAAAAUUAAUUCUUUUCAACAACUGUCGAUUUCAACACGUUUUGGUGAAACUGUUUUAUAAUCAUAACGUCUCUUCGUGCGAGGAGGUGAAAUUAUACAGAAUAUAUAAGGAAGAUCUGCAAAUCUCCUGUCGUGAACAAAAAGUUGCAUGUAACUUGCGAGCAGGCCGUCAUUAUAUAUUAGCACCGCAGGACGCGCGUGUUUUUCCGUCCGCGGAAAGAUUGAAGAUUUAAGACGAAUCGAGGAGAGGUUCGCAGCUGGUCUGGCACUAAAAAUUUGCGCUAGAUCUCAUACCAGCUCGCGUAGCUUAAGGCUUCAUACUUUAAUUUUCUUCGGUUGAAGACACGCCCGUGUUGAAGCGCUGAUAAUGAGCCCAUACUCAGAGGCUACAUAGAGAACACGAUCUGUGGAGCUGCCAUGCGCAGCUCGGAGUAGAAAAGCGAUACAUUACUUUUCAAACUUGACUCUGCCUUUUGUGUUUUCUGUCAUUGCUUAUUUUAUAAAAAUUAUCAUUUUAUUGAUUUUCUAUGUAUUUACCUACGUACUUCUUUAUUUACUUUUUCGUUUAUUGAUUUAUUUACUUAUCCAUACUUUUUUGGCAGCUAAACACCCGUUUAUCGUUAUAUGUAUCCCGCAAAGAAUACCAUGCAGGGAUGAGGCGUUCCCUUACAAAUGUAAUUACCACCGUCUCGAUUCUGUCCAGAAUGUGCUGAACAACUUUCAACUGCUCCACAAGCGAAGAGGUGCGGCAGAGAAGCGAGCCCAAGGUGAGUAAUGAAGAAAGCUCCACUACUAAAGCUGAAGUUCUUUUAACUCCUCUUGACAAUAACGUGGGAGAUGCGGAAGUCGUAAGGUUACGCUUGUGAUAUCACGAAGGAAAAGAGAAAAAGGGAAAAAAACUUAAAUAAUUCAUGUAACUUUUAUUUCAGCUUACCCUCCUUUCAUGGUGAUGUGUUUAGUCGACUCUAUGCACGUGUUUAUUCCACGGAGACAUCUGCCUCGCUCAGUGAAUCCCUGGCAACUUCGCCUCGAUGAUGAGCGAUGUGGAGUGGCACAAAUGAACGAUGAGCAUGUCAUGCUUCAAACACCGCUGGAAGGAUGCGGAACAACUCGCAGGUACAAUUGUAUUUGUACAAGCAAUAAAGAGGGGGUCAGAGUCUGUAAUCAAAGCGAUUUUACUGUUUUGACUAAGAUGUAAGAAGUAGUUUUUAUUAAGUAAAUGGUCCGUCACUCGUUUUGUACUCGUGUACGUUCAAAAGUCAUACUUUUAUCCUUCAAAAGUAUGGCGUUUUUGCCCAAAGCUCCACCUUGAAAAAUUAAUUUUUGAGAGCACUCUCUGACAAUAGCCGGAUGGUGACCACAUUUCUCCUCAAAGUCGUAUAUAUUUUCCACACCAUAAGUACAAACUUAAAAAUGGUGCUAUCUGUUUUUUUCGUUUUGUAGAACCGACGACAAGUCAGUGUCAUUCCACAACAAAGUCGUGGCUCAAUCUGGAAUGGGAUUUUUGGAUCUGCCGUUCCAAUGCAGCUACGAAACUCUUGAUUCGGCUAAGGACCUUAACCGCUUUGAACCAUUCUUCAAGCAAGAUGAGCCAGAGACGGGGCCAAAUCAAGGUGAUUAGUGGCGCUUCCACAUAGGGAGGAGCAAACAGUGUGUUAAAAGCUCGUACGAUUACAGCAGAGCAAGAGAAUUUUUCUAAAUAUUUUUGUCCAGUUGGGUGAAGGCGGGCAAUGCAUGACCUAAUACUUAGCGCUACGGAGCCACCCCCUCCCCACCCCUCAAAAAAAAGACAAAGAAAGAAAGUGACCCACAUGCUCAGUAACAUACAAGAUGGUAGUAACUAGUUCAAGUUCACAAAUAUAACCUUUCUCUUCUACGCGCAUAUUUCCCUCUUCAGGACCCAUUUCGAAAUCCCUCGUAAGUACACGAGAUCCUCCCCCACUGAGUCGCAUUUGUUAUGUAUUAAUUGACAAGUAUUCACCGAAAAGGGGGUGAAUAGUGGUGGAUAUUUACCGAACCUCAAAGCGGCAAGGUAAAUAUCCAGAUUAAAAUACACUGAUGUGAACAGUACUGAUAUUCACUUCCGAACUAGCCAAUCAGCAUGCGCGAAAAACCCCAAUUCACUGGUAUGGUAUUAACUAACAACAAAUAAUUGUUUUUUCAGGCCUCGACUCUACACCGAUGAAAAAAUGAAAAUCCUGUUGUUAUACAGAGUUACUGGAGUUACCCUUAAACAUGUAAAGAGAUUUUAUGGAUAACAAUAUUAUAGAAAAAACUGUGAAUAACUGACAUCAGAGAUUUCCCGCCAUGUUAGAUACGGGCAUUCAAGUUAUAUGUAUUAUUUAGACAUUUUUAAGUACUUUUAGUCGUGGUUUUUCGCCGAGUUUUGUUGCUACUGUAAGUAAUAUCAUAAAGGAC